CACCUCCGCACCAGCAGGUGUCGACACCUCCAGAAUAGCUAGCUACUGCUCCUUCAACAGCGUAACGGGAACCGGAGGCAGCGUGCACUGUCAAUUCGGUUGUCCAGAAAAAUCUUCUGGCGUAAACUCGGAAUAACGGAACCGGCAGACAUGGCAGUGUUCUGGAUAUUAUUUGGAAUCAUCUGCUGCCAGUUUAUUACAGUGUCAGCUGAUGACAUUGUGGUGGCCUGCGGAGGGUUCGUGAAAUCCGACGUUGAAAUCAACUACUCGCUGAUCGAGAUUAAAGUGUACACCAAACAAGGCUCUUUGAAAUAUCAGACCGACUGUGCUCCCAUCAAUGGAUACUUUAUGAUUCCCCUCUAUGACAAGGGAGACUUUGUGUUGAAGAUUGAGCCUCCUCUUGGGUGGAGCUUUGAGCCCACCAGUGUGGACCUCUAUGUGGACGGGGUCAAUGAUAUCUGCACCAAGGAGCAGGACAUCAACUUUGUCUUCACUGGCUUCUCUGUCUCUGGAGCGGUGCUAAGUAAAGGCCAACUCCUGGGCCCAGCUGGGGUGGAGAUCAGCCUGACCAGGGAGGGAACAGGAGAAAAGCUGCAGACUGUGCUCACUCAGCCUGGAGGAAAGUACACCUUCUCCAAAGUACUUCCUGGAAAUUAUGACAUCAUUGCUUCUCAUCCAUCCUGGACCUUGGAGCAGAGCGCUACGUCAGUGCGUGUGUCCAGUGCCAAUGCAGCGGCUGCAGAACAUCUGGUGGUGGGAGGGUACGAUGUCUCUGGGGAGGUCCGGAGUGAUGGGGAGCCCAUGAAAAAAGUCACCUUCCUCCUCUACUCUGCCACAGUGAAGAAGGAGGACAUCAGUGGCUGUAACACAGCCCCAGUGGAUGGAGCCGAGUCUGGAGAUGACUCCCUGGUCUACGUGUGUAGCGCCCUGUCCCGAGAGGACGGCAUCUUCUCCUUCCCCUCACUAGCCAGCGGAGAUUACACUGUGAUUCCCUUCUACAGGGGAGAGAGGAUCACAUUUGACGUGGCGCCUUCCAGAAUGGACUUCAGGGUGGAGCACAACAGCUUGAAGCUGGAGCCUAUCUUCCGUGUCAUGGGUUUCUCUGUGACCGGCAGGGUUCUCAACAGCCUGGAGGGGGACGGGGUACCCGACGCCAUGGUAACCCUCAACAACCAGAUCAAAGUUCUGACCAAAGAGGACGGCUCCUACCGCCUGGAGAAUAUGACCACCGGUACCUACACCCUCCGCACGCACAAGGACCUCAUGUUUUUUGAGCCAAUCACGGUGAAGAUAGCUCCCAACACGCCUCAACUCCCUGACAUCAUCACUGCUGGGUUCAGCGUGUGUGGUCAGAUCGCUAUCACCCGUCUGCCAGAGGGCCUGAAGCAGCAGGGGCGUUACAAGGUGACCCUCACUCCCCUGGGACAGGACAACACCGCCACCCGCACCACCGACUCGGACCAGCAGGGGGCCUUCUGCUUCCAUGCCAAACCUGGAGACUACAGUGUUACCGUGUCUCUUCCUGAGGCGGAGGUGAAGGCUGGCCUGGCCCUGCAGCCUGCUGCUCUGGAGGUCUCCCUGGUGGACAGGCCCCUCUCCGACCUCCUCUUCACCCAGUUCAUGGCCUCCGUCUCGGGCAGGGUCUACUGUCUGGCGAACUGUGAUGACCUGUCGGUGACCCUGCAGCCGGUGAGUCGUCAGGGGGAGAGGAGGAGCGUGCUCCUCUCAGGGAGCGGUGACACCUUGGAAAUCUCCUUUGACAACGUCCUGCCUGGCAAAUACAAAGUGAGUAUCUCCCAUGAGGAGUGGUGCUGGAAGCUCAAGUCGGUGGAGGUGGAGGUGCUGGACUCUGACGUGCUGGGAGUAGAGCUCAGACAGAUAGGCUACAUCCUCCGCUGCUCACUGUCCCACGCCAUCACCCUGGAGUUCUUCCAGGAUGGCAGCAAGCCUGAGAACGUUGGCGUCUAUAACCUCUCCAAGGGGGUCAACCGCUUCUGUCUCUCCAAGCCUGGUGUGUACAAAGUGACUCCUCGAUCUUGCCACCAAUUCGAACAGGACUAUUAUACCUACGACACGUCAGCCCCCACUAUCCUGACCCUGACUGCAGUGAGACAUCACAUGACUGGCCUAAUCACCACUGAUAAGAUCCUGGAUGUCACGGUCACCAUCAAAUCCUCCAUAGAGUCUGAGCCAGCUCUAGUCCUAGGCCCUCUGAGAAGCCUGGAGGAGCAGAGACAGGAGCAGCAGCUGCAGGAGAUCGAGCUGCGGCGCCAGGAGAGGGAGAGACGCGCCCAAGAGGCUGAGGAUGGCGGUGACAGCCAGCCCCCCAUCCAAGAGAGAGCUGAUGAGCUCACCAGCCCCUUUCACUAUGAAUUUUCUUACUGGGCCAGGGCUGGGGAGAGGAUCACUGUGACUCCCUCCUCCAAGGAGCUUCUCUUCUAUCCGCCGGAGGUUGAGUCUACUAUAACUGGAGAGUCUUGUCCAGGGCGUGUGGUGGACAUCGCGGGGCGGGCUGGUCUGUUCCUGGAGGGCCAAGUGACUCCAGAGCUGCAGGGGGUAGAGAUCUCCAUCACCGAGAGAGGAGCCAAGGCCCCCCUCAUCACUGUCGCCACCAACGAGAACGGGGCUUACAGUGUUGGUCCCCUGCACAGUGACCGUCACUAUGACAUCAGUGCCAGUAAGGAGGGCUUCAUCCUCAGCACUGUAGAGGAAACCCAGGGAGACUUCAAGGCCUUCGCCCUGGCUGGAGUCACCUUCAAGAUCAAGUCAGAGGAUGGUCACGCUCUGUCUGGAGUCCUGCUGUCUCUCAGUGGAGGAUCGUUCAGAUCCAACCUGCUCACCCAGGACACUGGCGUCCUCACCUUCAACAACUUGAGCCCAGGUCAGUACUACUUCAAGCCCAUGAUGAAGGAGUUCAGGUUUGAGCCAGCCUCUCAGAUGAUCACCGUAGAGGAGGGACAGAACCUCAGCAUCCACAUCACCGGAUUCAAAACAGCAUACAGCUGCUACGGGGCAGUUCAGUCCCUGAGUGGUGAUGCUGAGAGGGACGUGUCAGUGGAGGCAGUGGGACAGGCAGAGUGUAGUAUCUACAGCGAGGACACAGUCACAGACGAGGAGGGCCGCUUCAGGCUCAGGGGCUUGCUGCCUGGCUGUAGAUACCUGAUCCAGCUGAGAGCACAGGGCAACGACCACAUCGAGAGAGCCCUGCCUCAGCACCGCUCCAUAGAGGUUGGGAGCACCGACAUUGUAGGAGUCAACAUCAUCGCCUUCAGGCAGAUCAACCAGUUUGACCUGAGUGGGAACAUCAUCACCUCAUCAGAACACCUGCCCACCCUCUCUGUGAAGCUGUAUAAGAGUGACAACCUUGACAACCCCAUCAACAGUGUGUCUUUGGGACAGUCCCUCUUCUUCCACUUCCCGCCUCUGGACAGGGAUGGAGAGACCUAUGUGUUGAUGCUGUACUCAACACUGUCUCGCUCCCAGUACGACUUCUCUCUGCCCCAGGUCUCCUUCACCUCUACAGGCUACCAUAAGCACAUCACUUUGACCUUCAACCCCAAUCGUAAAGUCCCUGACCAGGACGUAGCCCAGGGCUCCUACAUAGCUCUACCCCUCACUCUACUGCUCCUGCUGGCAGCCUACAACCAUGAGAAGGUGAUCCCCCUGCUGCUGCAGCUGGUGAGCCGUCUCCAGGGGGUGCGUAGCCUGAGUCAGGCCGGUGGAGACAACGCUGCCCUGGACGAGGCCAAACGCCAGGCCAAGAGACAGAAGACCCGACGCACAUGAUCCACAGACCUAACAUCUAGCAUGUAAACUACCCCAACAGGAACCACAGACAUACUGUGUCUGAAAUGGCACCCUGUUCCAUAUAUAGUGCACUACUUUUGACCAGAACCCUAUGAGAGUAGUCCACUAUGUAGGGGAUAGGGCCAUUUCAGUCGCAGCCAUACUGUACAAUAGCAUACUUUACCGUACUAUACCCAUAGCCAACCAGGCUCUGUCUAUGGACUGAUGUUACCAGCAUUGGUUCUAUGGAAGGUUCUAUGGAAGACUGGCUGUGUAGUUCUGUGGGACUCCUUCGUUUUAUAGAACACUCACUCAUCAGAAAUAUUAAGAAGAAUCCAUUUUGUCGAUAUGUAUAUGAGCCAUUGUUGCUUUUUUUUUUUACAUUUGUAAUGAAUGAAUUGUCAAUUGAGAUAAAAAAAAAAUAUAACACUUUGGAGGUCUUAAGGGAGGUGGUUAUGUCGAUGUGGGUUUCAUGGGGAUUUUGGGGUUUCAGGGUCACGCUUUGUGGUAACGAUGCAUCAUGAAAGCUUUAUAACUUGUUAUAAAAGUGACAAACUGUUCAUGAUCAUUUAUUUACUAUGACGUGCAGUGGCAUUCAUUUUAAUCACAUCCAAUUCAGCCAACUGUUCAAGUCACUGCAUGUGUCAUAAGGAGGGCCAGGAGGUUUUUUUCCUGACCACAUGACCUGACCAGAUGUUGGCCUAUAAAUGGUUCCUGGUCAGAUCACAUGGUCUGAAAAUACUCCUGGCCCUAGUAUGGAAUGGUUUGUCAUAAUGGUUCUGAAAUGUUAUGUCAUGUUUUUAUAAUGGGUUCUACAGGCUGUGGUAGUUUGAAGCAUGGUGGAUGUUAUGUGUUGGUCUGUCAGUUUGCUCAGGGAGAGUGGGUGGGUUGAGGGUCUAAGUGUUUGAAAGGGUUAGGGUUAAUAAUUACAGUAACAAGAUAAGAAAUUAAGAUUUCGGGUAGGGAGCUGUAGGGGUAUAACUUUUUGUUAGUGAUAAUUAUUAAUUUAUUAACAUUUUAUUUGUCUGAUGUGAAUGAUGAGCAGUUUGGUAGCAAAUUUAUUUUACGGUGUGUUUGUGUUUUUGAGGAAAUAAACGGUCCGAUUUCAAGGUAUGCAAGCUAUCUGAAUGCAAAGGCAACCAGUGUAAAUGUAUCAGACAAGUAUCUACUACCUACGAGGAGAUAUUUUCUCAAAGUCCGGGACGAAUCCUAACUUUCACUUUAUAAAGUCAAAUCUUUACAGGUUUUCCCAUUGACAUCAAUCCAUGACUAAGUGAAAAUUCACUUAAGUUUAGGAUUUGCAGUACAAUGUUUGUCUCGACCUCACGUUGCGUUAAGCUAAAACAGAAGAUGUGAUAAUCUUGAAUAAUUACUGAAGAAAAUGUAAUUGGUUCAUCCAAGUUUCUACUCAGGUGGUAAUAUGAAUGUGAAAUGGAACCACCUGAACCAAUCUCUUUUUGUACAUGGUAUGCUAUUCUCCUAUUCUUCUUAGUUAGUUAUGGCCAAUUUUAAAGAAAAAGAUGAACAGGCCAAUGGCUAUUUACUGAGUUGAAACAUAUUCCAUUUAGGUUAUGGUUGCUGGAGAGAGUCGGGUUGAAGAGUCUGAUCUGUGUGAAAUGAAUGGUAAAUAAAAUCUGACAUGGGAAAAUGUG